AUAACCCCACACUAGUGCCGGUCUACACUAGUGUAGUGGCUUGAAUUGAUUUGGUUUUCCUGGUUUUGGAUUUCAACGUUUCCAAAGUUUUGACUUUGCCGAAGUCAAAUCCAAUAAGCUUGAGAAUACAUCCGUUGACAGGUUUUGAGCUAUCCUUGUGAUAUAUUGCCCUGGCAAGUGUAUAGUCUAUGUAAUGUUUGAAAUGUUUUUUUGUUCUAUUUAUUAUUCCUUUGCUGUCAUUCAGACAUACUGUCACAUGACAAAUGACCACAAAGGAUGGACGCUUAUCGCUCGAUUCGCAAACAACGACGACAAAAACUGGAUGCGUGACGACGGACUUUGGUGGCAUGACCAGCACGUUGCCAUGGAAACAACCACAGAUCCAUCCAUUGACUCUGACAUGGUCUCACCGGCGUUUUGGUUGGUCAGUGGCAGAGCGUUUAAGAUCGCGCACAGUGGCGACCCCAGUCACACUCCUUUGUUACAGACCACAGGUGACGGUUUGGCUGGACAAACAUUCCGAUCAAAAAUCACAAACUAUGGCGACUUUAGAGAUGGCAGAGUUUGGGCCAGUAACCAGUGCUUAGGAAGCUGCAUUGUUCAAUAUGGUGGUCAGCACAACUCAACAGACGGGUUUCAACAGGCUGAGUGCAGUGGUGAAAUUCAAAGCGCUAACAUCAUCGGCUUCUGGUGUGACUGGAUUAAUGGUGAUGGAUCAGUGAUGAUGAUCGGUGGAGGAGGAAGUUCUUGUGCACCUGGUGAACACGGGAUUGGAAUACCAGAAACUAAAUCUGCCUCGUUUGACGAAAUGGUUGGAAGCCUGGCAACCGAAUAUGACUUUGGUUAUGACGCAUUUACGAGGAAUGCCCCAUCCUAGUCCUAUUCUUUUAAUUUGUGGAUCCGUUAAAUGGGAUUCAUCAUUGAAGUGCAUCUAACCAACACUUUUUCUUUCGC